AUGAUUGGAUUCACAGGUGUAGCACCGACGCAUCGGAUCCUCAACUGGUCGGACUGCGAAUAUCCUGCUGCAAAUCUCCUGGAUGCUGGCCAUGCUCCCCCAACUGCCAUGAACAUCAUGAGCCCCGCGAGUCUCCCUCACGCCGACGUCGCCGCCCUCCGGGAGGAGAGCCAGGCGCUCCGCGCGCAGGUCGCGCGGCUGAGGGGCGACCGGCUGCGGGACGCGGCGGGCUCCCGCAGCAACUACUCCGUGGUCGCCCGGGGCGCGCCUGCGACCGCCAGCGCUGCUGGCAAGAGUUUCGACCCGGGUAUGCUUCCAGGUGGUGCGCAGCACGAGGAACUGGCUGCCGAGCACCCGCCGCCGAAGAAGCAGGACAGCAGCUUCGUGGCGGACCUCGACGAGUCGAGCACCGGGGACACCCGCCCCAGCAGCGUGCAGGUGGAGGCCUUCAGCCCAGGGGCGGCCGCGGGGGGCAUCUUCAGCGCCUUUGCGCUGCCAGGGGGCGUCUUCAACGCGGGCGCCCCGCCCAGUUCGCAGGCGUCGCUCGGCAGCGAAGCCCGGAGGGGGCGCACCGGCGACGACGGCGGCGUCGACGGAGAGACACCAACAGCUCAGACCGUCUCUGGCCCGACCUUCUUUAUGGCGCUCAUUGUCCUGUCGCAGCGGAUGCGGCUCUGGUCCUCCGUUGCGGUGGCCACCAGCUUCGCCAGGCGGCCGGACCACUCGCCGAGCCGAUUGGGCGCGCCCGCGGAGGCGGAGGUGGCCGAAUCCGUAGACGUGUCAAGAGCGAUGUCGGUGGCGGCGGUGCAGGUCGGCCAGAAGGCGGGCGGGGCAGACCGCCCUGCGGGCGUGGCGGGGAGCACGUGGCCAGGCUCCACAGGCCGAUCGAGGAUCCCGCCGUCGGAGCUGACCCGCUUCCUGCAGAUGUUCGGCUGCAAGACGCAGGUACUGGCGAGGGGGAAAGGCGAGGCCGGUGCCUACAGUGCCAGGCGAGACAAGACGAGGCGCAGCGGCGGCGGCACGGACAAGGUCUUGGAGAAGAGGGGCCUGACGGGCCUCUCGGUGCGGCGGGUCGCAUGUGUGAUGGAGCACAUCCGAGACCGGGGGAACAGCGUGGAGGAGGAGCAGCCCAGGCUGGAGGAUGCGAAUCUUAAGUUCAGCGACUUCGUGGCUGUCAUGUCCUCCAGCGGUGCGGACGAGGACUUUGGCGCAGACAUAGCCGAGGAGGUCAAGCGCUGGCGGGCGGCCUUCAGAACUCGGACCAUCGGCGAGGUGAUCGACCAGCUCGCAAGAGAAGGCAGCCCCGAGGGUGUAGCUGCGCUUCGGCGAAAGAGUUCGAGUGCAGGGCUGGGUGGUGUUCUUGGCCGCAUGUCACAACAGUCGUUGAUGGCAAUUCUGCACACAGUGGUUGGCAUCACGGUGUUGGUCGGUGUUUUGUCUACGACUCUGAGCAUUGACUACUGCGUCGGUUGCAGCGCUUGGCUGUACAUCGAGGCUGUCGUCGCCCUGGUUUUCAUCACAGAGUUGUUGAUCAAACUAAGAACCUUCGGGUGGAAUGAGUAUUUCUUCGGUGAUGACUGGAAGUGGAACUGGUCCGACACGAUCAUCACACUCGUUCAAGUAUUCGAUGUGAUGCUCACCGUGUGGAUCGAGACGAGGGAGAGUGAGGACGCAGAUCGUGCGCAAUCACCUGGCAAUUUCUGGAUUCUUAUCAGAACAUUGCGAAUAUUACGCCAUGCGCGGCUGGUGAAAAUGUUCCGAUCUCCCAUGCUUAAUGAUUUGAGCAACAUAUUGUCUGGGGUCCUGCUGUGCUUACCGUCGAUGAUGUGGGUCAUCGUGAUGGUGUCGGUUGCGUUGUGGUUGAUUGCUUCUGGGUUCCGCUCUGUGAUCGGGCCCACAGACAGCGAUGAACUUCUCAUAGAGAAGUGCGGUGGGUUCGACGGAGAUGUUCUGCUCAAUCGCACGCUUGCGGAGUCCAUUCCAGAGUGCGCCCACACAUGGAAGCUGUACGCGGAGGAGUAUUGCCCCACCGUUGCGUCGUGCUCGUUCAUGCUAUUCCGCUGCAUGGUUGGCGACUGCACCUCCAAGGGGGGGCAAUCGUUGCCAGGACACUUCACCAGCGGCUACGGGUUGCAGUUCCAGGUCAUCUAUGGCUUCGGUAUGCUGGUACUGAUGUGCGGCAUCUCUAACAUCAAUCAUCGCCGUCUUUGUAGAGUCGACCCUGAAAGGUCUGGCCACAGAUAA